GAGGGGGGCGCAUAAACAAACCCCUAAAGCCCCCCAGCCCCAAGCACGGAUCCAUCCCAGUCCCAAACCCCACCCCCCCUUUCCCUGCCCCCCAACAAACAGCCCCAAAACACUCCCCCAAAUAAUCCCCGCGCGGCCCCAAAGUCCCCCUGUAAACCAGCCCUGUCCCCCCCAGUGUCCCCUGUGUCCCCAGGGCCGCCCUGUCCUGCAGACAGGACCCUGCACACUUUAUUUAUUCCCUCAGCCUCCUUCACCCACUCUUUGUUGUUUCUUGAGAGAGAGCGAGAAGGAAAAAAAAAAAAGGAGAGAGAAGAAAAAAAAAACCCACACAGGAGGAGGCAGGAGCCUAUUUUGCCUCCCAGGCAAUAUUUCUGGAGCCAAUCGGAAUGCGCACCCACCCUGCCCUGCUCCCUAAUUAAAGGCUUUAAGCAGGCGGCCGGGGCCGGAGGUUUGGGCACAGUCUCUCGGUGGCUCCUCCUGAAGCAGCCGCAGCGCCGGAUCCCGCUCGGGGCACGCCAGGCCUCGGCAGCCGCCAGGUUGGGGGGUCCCCGGCCCGGGCAGGCAGCUGCCCCCUCCCCGCUCCCAGCGAUGAGCGGCUCUUUCGAUAAGAAGCUCUCCAGCAUCCUGACGGACCUCUCGGGCUCGCUGAGCUGCCAUGCAGCCUCCAAGGAUUCUCCCACCCUGCCGGAGUCCUCGGUCACCGACCUGGGCUACUACACGGGCCAGCACGACUACUACCCGGGCCAGUCGUACGGGCAGCCCGUGGGCCACUACCCCUACCCCCAGUUCAACCUCAACGGCAUCGGCACCGCCGGCACCUACUCGCCCAAAUCCGAGUAUUCCUACAGCCCCUCGUACCGCCAGUACGGCCACUUCAGGGAGCAGCAGCUCCCGGCGCAGGAGGCAGUGUCCGUGAAGGAGGAGCCGGAGCCGGAGGUGCGGAUGGUCAACGGGAAGCCCAAGAAGAUCCGCAAGCCCCGCACCAUCUACUCCAGUUACCAGCUGGCCGCCCUGCAGCGCCGCUUCCAGAAGGCGCAGUACCUGGCGCUGCCCGAGCGCGCCGAGCUGGCGGCACAGCUGGGGCUCACCCAGACCCAGGUGAAGAUCUGGUUCCAGAACCGGCGCUCCAAGUUCAAGAAGCUCUACAAGAACGGCGAGGUUCCCCUGGAGCACAGCCCCAACAACAGCGACUCCAUGGCCUGCAACUCUCCUCCCUCCCCGGUGUGGGACAGUCCCGGCGGCAGCGCCCGGACCCCGCUGCCGCAGCCGCUGCCCUACAGCUCCUCGCCGGGAUUCCUGGAGGAGCACAACCCCUGGUACCACCCCCAGAGCCUCAGCGGCCCCCACGGACCCCACCAGGCGCAGGCGGCCCCCCCGAUGCACCACCCGUCCCCCGGGCCCCCCAGCACGGGCGCCGUGUACUGAGGGUGGCCAGGGGCUCAGAGACUCUGCACAACUCCUCGGCCUCCUUUUCUCCCCCCUCAAACCCCCUCCGCCCCCGUUUUGGUUUUGUCUCCUUAUUUUUCCUAAAGUGAAAAACCAAAAAAAAAACAAGCGACGACCAACAAAGCAAAGGAAAGGACCCCCCCCGCGCACCCCUAAAAAUCCUCUCUCCUCGCCCCCCGCUCAUCUCAGGAACCAGAGGACUGCAAAGGCUUCAGACGCUCCCAGCGCAGGAAAAGGUGGAAAAUCCAAAAAGGUGGAAAAUCCAAAAAGGUGGAAAAUCCAAAAAGGUGGAAAAUCCAAA